AUGCGUUAUUCAACUUUAUUUUUAUUAGCAACUUCAGUUAUUGCAACUCCAUUCAAUUUUAAAAGAUAUGAAAAUACUACUUUACCUUUGUCAUCAAGUCAAUUACCCAGUACUCCAUUAUCUUCAACUGAUGGUUAUAAUGCAGAAAUUGCUGGUGUUUCAUCAACAAGUUCAUGGGAAGAUGAUUCAGAAACAUUAACUUCAACUAUUAUUCAAUAUGUUACUAUUACUUCAAGUAGUCAAACUUUAACUUCAGCAGUUAAUACUUUAACUUCAACUUAUACUACUCCCAAAUCUUCAUCAUCAGCUGAAGAAGAUGAUGAAGAUUGGGGUUCUGAAACUACAACUUCAACAAUUACAAGUAUUAUCACUGUUACUGAUGCAAAAGGUCAACCAGUAUUUUCAACUGAAACUUCUGAAACUAAACAAACCAUUGCUGCAGAAUCCCAAACUUCUGAAUCUGUUGAAACUACUGGUGCUUCGAUUUCAAAUUCAAAUAAAGAAGCUGAAGCAUUAUUACCAACUCAAUCUUCAGAAUCUACUGCUGCUUAUUGUACACCUUCAACUGUUACCGUUACUGUUACUGCUACUCCAGAUUCUCAAGCUACUGCAAAUGCUGUUGAACAAGAUUCUACAAUUUUCCAAACUUUGACUUCAUACAUUACUACAAACUUCCCAAUUCAAGCUGAAUUUACAUUAAAUAAUCAAACUACUACAUUAACUUCAUAUGUUGAUUAUACUUCAACUCAAUUGAUCACUAUUACUUCAACAAAAUUAGCUUCAUCAAUUGCCCCAUCAUAUUAUCAAACUUCAUACUCAAACUCAACUAUUAAUUCAUGGUAA